AUGCCGAAAGUUGCCCUCGUCACAGGCGCCAACGGCAUCACCGGCACAGCAAUCAUAGAACAUCUCGUCCGAAACACGACCCCAGGAAAAUGGAGUCGCAUCGUGAUCACCUCCCGCUCACCAGUCAAACUGCUAGUCGAAGAUGCUCGCAUAGAGUUCAUCGCACUGGAUUUUACGAACCAUCAUGAAGCCCUAGCGCAGGCCAUGGAACAAAGCUGCAAAGAUGUGACGCAUGCGUACUUCUCCUCUUACAUCCACAAAGACGACUUUGCCGAGCUGAAUCUCGCGAACAAAGCGCUGUUCGAAAACUUUCUGCAAGCUUUAAUCCUGGCCGCUCCAAACCUGCAAAAUUGCACGCUUCAGACGGGAGGGAAGUAUUAUGGUCUCCAUCUUGGCCCGGUGCCGACACCGUGUCGUGAGGAGGAGCCGAGAAGAGGGAAAGCGGACGAGAACUUCUACUUCCCACAAGAGGACUUCCUGGCCGAGAAACAGAAGGGGGAAAGGUCAGAACCGAAUGGUAUGAAUUCAGCAUUAAGUUGUGCGCUGUACUUCAUGAUCUGUAAAGAGCUAGGCGAAGUCACCAGAAUGCCAACGAACCAGCUGUACUGGAAUGGGACGGAGACAAAUAGUGAUGCUCCUCUGCUUGCAAAGUUCACUGUAUGGGCUUCGACCAGUCCAGAGUGCGCCAACCAGGCCUUCAACUUUGUGAACGGCGAUCACUUCACCUGGGGAUAUAUGUGGCCUCGGCUGGCCGAGUAUAUGGGCGCAGCAACAUCAUCCGACCAGAACUUUGAUAAGCCCAUUCCGCCACAAGGCGAAGUGCAGCAGGAGUUCAGUCUAGCAGAAUGGGCGAAAGACAAGCGGGCGGUGUGGGAUCAGAUCUGCGAAAACGCUGGCAUGCCAGAAGUCAAGUCGACCUUCGACGCUGGCACUUGGGCAUUCCAAGACCGGGUGUUCAUGCGCACGUGGUACCCAAGCCUGAGUAUGAACAAGGCCAAGAAGUUCGGCUGGACAGGCUUCGUCGACUCGUAUGACUCGAUUACUGGCGCAUUCGAGAAAUUCAGAGAGUUGAAGCAGAUUCCUUGA